UUUGGAAACACUGAGAAUACUGAAGGUUCGACCUUCUGCUGACACCUCACUGAACAGAUUUAGAAAAGACACGACUCAAAGUGACUCAAAGUUAAAUUAACUUUCAGGGAAGAGCAGGGAGCGGUACCACGACUGACUGACUUCCUGUUUGAACUGUCUCCCUGGUGAGUUUGUCUCUUCAGUCAGAGACAAAAUGGCUUCCAGAUCAGAGAAGGAUCUCAGCUGUCCUGUCUGCCAUGACAUCUUUAAAGAUCCUUUGGUCCUGUCAUGUAGCCACAGCUUCUGUAAAACCUGUCUGCAGAGCUGGUGGACAGAGAAACCAACAAAAGACUGUCCAGUUUGUAAGAGAAGAUCUUCAAAGAGUGAUCCACCUCGUAACUUGGUGCUGAAGAACCUGUGUGAGGCCUUCUUACUGGAGAGAGAUCAGAGAGCAGCAGAGUCUGAGCUCCUCUGCAGUCUGCACUCUGAGAAACUCAGGCUCUUCUGUCUGGACCAUCAGCAGCCAGUGUGUCUCGUCUGUCGAGAUUCAAAGAAACACACCGACCACAAGUUCAGACCCAUCGACGAAGCUGCUCAGGAUCACAGAGAAGAACUUCAGAAAUCACUGAAGCCCUUACAGGAGAAACUGGAGCUCUUUAAUAAAGUCAAAGGAAACUGUGAUCAAACAGCAGAGCACAUUAAGGUCCAGGCCCGACGCACAGAGACGCAGAUUAAGGAGGAGUUUAAGAAGCUUCACCAGUUUCUCCAAGAGGAAGAGGAGGCCAGGAUCGCCGCUCUGAGGGAGGAAGAGGAGAAGAAGAGUCGGAGGAUGAAGGAGAAGACGGAGGCUCUGAGCAGAGAGAUAGCAGCCCUUUCAGACACAAUCAGAGCCAUAGAGAAGGAGCUGAGAGCUGAAGACGUCUCAUUCCUGCACAACUACAAGGCUACAGUGGAGAGAGUCCAGCGCCCCCUGCUGGAGGAUCCACAGCUGCUCUCAGGAGCUCUGAUAGACGAGGCCAAACACCUGGGCAACCUGAGCUUCACCGUCUGGAACAAGAUGAAGAAGGUGGUCUCCUACACUCCUGUGGUUCUGGACCCCAACACUGCUCGUCCAACACUUUCCCUGUCUCAAGAUCUGACCAGUGUGAGACAAGGAGAAAGACAGAAACUUCCUGACAAUCCAGAGAGAUUUAACCACUACAGUGCUGUCCUGGGAUCUGAGGGCUUCAGCUCAGGGACUCACAGCUGGGAUGUUGAGGUUGGAGACAGUGCAGGCUGGAGUCUGGGUGUGAUAGAAGAGUCUGUCCAGAGGAAGGGAAGCAUACAAUCUGGAUUAUGGAGAAUAUGGUUCUAUGGAGGUAAAUACUCGGCAGGCUCCCCAUCAGAUCCAGGCACUGAUCUCCCAGUUCAGAAGAAACUCCAGAGGAUCAGAGUUCAUCUGGACUGGAACAGAGGACAGCUGACAUUCUCUGAUCCUGAUACUAACACACACAUACACACCUUCACACACACUUUCACUGACAGGCUGUUUCCAUACAUUAACACUGGAGAAAAUCUCCCACUGAAGAUCUUAACAGUAAAGGUCUCUGUGACAGUGGAACAGCACCGUUAAAAAUAGAGGAUGUCUAUUACAACAAUAGUAAAACAACUGUAAAAAAAAAAAAAAAAAAAAAA